AUGCUAGCUUUAGCCCUAUUCAUCUUUCAAUUGAUCCCGAUUUACGCGAUCAAAUGCGUUCGGCAGCAGGGCUUGAUCGAGUCCAAGCGGGUAGACAAUUAUACAAUUGGCUCGUGUCGUGGGGAUCUAUGCUACUACUUCAAAAGCGAAGAAGAUGUGAUGGAUCGGGACUGCCUUUCCGGUUUCAGCUAUCCGGUCGGCUGCCAAACAUACCCCGGAAAGGGGACGCUGUGUAUUUGCGAUUCGAACAAUUGCAAUCGCGGUUCGAUCGAUCGCAACUUUACGAUGGCCCCCGUUUGGUGUAACGUCUACAAUGAGAUUUACAAUCACCACUUUCACAGCCACUCUAUCGUUACCGCGAUCUCCCGGCGCAAUUUCCCGAUAUGCACGGUGAACGGCGAGCUGAUGGUAAACGGCGACGAGGAAAUCUCGACGCUAAAGCUUUGGGCGGGGACCCCAGAUCCUCAUUUCUCAUACCACACCGAUGCGACGCCAAUUCAGGCAGGAGAUCAAGCGGAUUUGCUUUGGAGCUUCACCUACGAGGGCGGCCUGUACGCCUUACAAAAAGACCCGGGCGUCGUGUCGCUUUUUGCGCGCUGUACGAGCGACUACUGCAACCAUUUUACGUUCUCGGAUGUUGAGCGAAAAGGGCCGAAAUGUGUGCUUCCGGGUGGACAAGAAUGCGAGGGGACAUUUUGCGUCUACGCUACCGGUGAAGUGGACGUCGUUCAGAAGCUGACCACUAUGAUUGACGGCGUGGAGGAGCAGAUCCACGCGCUCGUCGGGCAGCAGACCCGUUCGGCCCAGUAUUGUCUUUCCCAAAAUGCCGACAAUGCCGCGUUUGCGAUUACGGCGGGAGUUUACAAGUUCCGACGGAUUACCUAUUACGUCUGCGACGAGGAGAAUUGUAAUUUUGAUGAGGCGACGGCGAGGCUGGCCACCGAAAACUGCACUAAUACGUUCCAGCGGGCUGCACCGCGUCGUGAGGUUCUUCCGAAGCGCCGCCCCUCCUACCCGCCCCAGCCGACGAUCCUGGGCGAUGGCAAUUGGACGGUACCCACCAGUGGCUAUGUGGAUGGCGAUGAAAAUAGAAGGUCCAACCCGAAAUCCGGCGGCGCUUCCGUCAGGCUCCAAAUGACGGUUUUCACA